AAACCCUAUAGCUUGGGGUGUCAUCAGUCAGUUAUUGGUGAAAAUGUCAACCAGGUGGACGUCUCUAGUCAUUGCCCUGAUGGGUUUGCUAGUUGUCAGGAAAAGUCUGGGGGAUGUCUCGCAUUAUUAUGCCUCUCCUUUGGAACAGUUUGGAAACUAUCUACACGGUCAAGUGCCCUUUCAGCUGGGUUUAGCUCCUCCUAGUUUAUAUGGACCUGGUACUGGUUCUGGUAGUGCUCCUCCUGCUUUUGCUCCUGUCACUCCAUCUCCAGUGGCUCCAGCUCCCGUGGCCACCACAGAGUUUAGUCUGCCGGAGAUUAUUGAAAAUCGCAGUAUCAAGUUUCAGGGAAGCGGCGGCCAUGGUGGAUUUAUACCUCUUAGUCAGCAUUAUCUUCCACCGGCCAUAGAAGAGCGUCCCAACUAUGAAAGUCCCAAGCCCAGCGAAGAACCUUAUCCCGCUUACUACUACCCCCAACCUGGUGGCACUAUCAUUACCACCUCUAUACCCACAACUACCACCACUUUAAGACCCAUAAUAGUGCAAGAUCCUGGCGAGGAAAUAGAGACCAUUCAUUCCCCAGGCUAUGACUACCAUGCGCCCGUGGCUGUCCCUGUAUUUCCCACACAAAAACCCUCCACACCUGCGCCUGUAUACCUUCCUCCUGAAGGUAUUCAGGAUCAAAAUCAACUACGUCUCCGACUCAAGGACAUGCGUUGCCUUUCUGGAAGAUAUUUCCGAGCUGUGUUCAAGUUGGACAGCUUUUUGGGAGCUGCACCAACAUUGGAUCAGGACAACGACGAUGUGCAGGAUAAACGCUGUGAAAUGAAGCUUUCAAGGAGUUUUCUGCUGCUGGAUAUUUCAGGCGAGGAUUUCGAGCGUUGUGGUGUGAAAUCCUGUGGUCAGGACUUGUGUUUACGCCUGCGAUUUCCAGCUAUAAGAGGGUUAAGAACCAGCGGGGAUUCGAUUUUAACUCUACACUGCAAAACCCAAGAAAGAGUGGCGGUCAAGACACAUGCCUUGAAAAUGGCUGUGGCCAAUGAUGUACAAUCUCGCAGCGCUGGCAGCUACGCCCAUGGCGGCAAUCAGAAUCCCUUUCGCACUCAUGUGGAGCUACUCAGAAAGGGUGGCAAUGGUUAUACCCGUCAUCUGGAGACCAAUGGAGCAGUGCAGCUGGGCGAGGAGUUGCUUUUGAGAGCUCAUGUUCUGGCGGGGGAUGGCUGGAACUACACCAAGCUAAGCGAUGUCCAGCUUCAAAGGAUUGCAUCUGGCGGUGAAGUCCUCAACACUGUUCAGUUAAUCAGCUCCAGAGGCUGUCUCAACCCUGCCAUGCUCUCCAUCUGCUCUCAUUCCCCCAUUUUGGAACCUCCUUUGGGCCAGAGACUUCGCUUCAAGGCUGUGAUGUUUCCUGGAAUGCGAAGUGGAGAGGUUUUGAUGAUCUCCAUGCGGAUUACAGGUUGCUUGGAGCGCGAGGAUUGCCAGGUGACAGCCCAGGAUUGCUUGCCUUCGGUGGGUCAAAGGAGACGAAGGAAUGUCUCUCAUGGCAAUGGCACUGAGGUGUCGGAAGUUUCACACCUGAGUUUUAGGGUUAUAAUGCCGGGAGCUGAGGUGGAGGAAUUAAGCAAGGAUAUGGGGGAUAUUGAGAGAAAUUUGGGAGUUAGAGAGGUGUCCAAGUCACUGGCUUUAUUUGGCAGCUUGGGUUUUGUGGUGAUGCUUCUGGGUGUGGCCAUUGUGGCUUUGUAUAAGUUUGGAAAAUAGUGAA